GUGAUUUUGGGUAAGCAGAUUUACAGACAAGCGCUUAUUUGAGAUAUGGCUGAUUUGUCGUUGUUUGAUCCUUUAAUACUAGAAAAUAUCAACUGUUCUGAGUUAAUCAGGAAACAUGUACGGCAUUUAAAUUUCGAAAAUACAGAAAUAACUCUGAAAAUACGUCCCCUUUCAUCAAGCGAUUAUGAUUAUCUUGUUUUAUUAAAACAGCUAACUGUAGUUGGGAAGAUAGAUAAAGCGGAAUUCGAAGAAAGAUUCUCUUUGAUGUCCUCUUGUUUGGAUACUUACUUCAUUGUGGUUUUAGAAGACAUAACAACGAGUAGCAUUGUUGGGGCAGCAACUCUUUUAAUAGAAUUAAAGUUCAUUCACCAAUGUUCGAAGCGAGGUCAUAUUGAGGAUGUUAUAGUCGAUUCCAAAUUUCGAGGGAUGAAUUUCGGGAGAUUACUUGUGGACACAUUGGUUCGUAUAGGCAAACAUAUGGGUUGUUAUAAAAUCACACUUGAUUGCAGUGAUGAAAAAGUUGGAUUUUAUGAAAAACUAGGCUUUCAAUGUAAAAAUAAUAUUAUGUAUUUAAGAUUUGAUGAUGAAAAUUAAAACUGUGUGUGUGUUUGUGUUUGUGUGUCUGUAAACUUUUGUAUAAAGAGAGAGAAAAUCUUAAAAACCAAAAAAAAACAGAACAAAACAAAACAAAGUCUUUCAUAAUGUGGAAUAAUAGUUUGCAGAAAAUGAUUUUAACAAUAAUAUCAAUAAUAAUAAUAAUAAUGACAGUCAUAAAACAAAAAAUUCAACUCUUCUGUUGUUCGUUAAAAAAACAAAACACAAAAAAAGAAACAUGGGUUUUCAGGUGAUUAUUUCUCACUGAUAUAUAUGAAUUAUAAUAUCAGAACAAUUAAUUGUUUGUUAAAUGUUUAUAACAUAAUUUUCACUAGUUCAUACAUACAUACAAAAUACACAAACACAAUUACUAUGUAACUAUCGUUUUUAUUAAAUGUUUGUUAACACACACAUCAUACACAAGCAUACGCUUCUUAUACAACACAGUUAGAAGUUAGAUUAGACAGUUAGUUUCCUUUCCUUUCUUUUCAAGUCGAAUGAAACUAAUAAUAACAAUAAUAAUAAAUACAAUGUUGGGCGUAUAAGUUUCAUAGAAAAUU